AUGGCGACAUAUUCGUACAAAUUAUUGACUGCCCCAGAUUCCUUCAGGCUCCUUAAGUUGUAUGGUGAAGAUGAGCCCACGGAGACAUUACGAUGCGAACUCCUCGAAUUCACCAUCAAGGAUCCUCCAAGCUACGAGGCCAUAUCGUAUACGUGGGACGGCCAAACACCCAGCCAACCCAUAUCAUGCGAUGGAAAGCAACUCCUGGUCACGAAAAAUUGUGAAAGCGCGCUGCGGCAUCUCAAACCUGCAUCUGCUAGUGAGCACCGUCUGCUAUGGAUCGACUCUCUCUGUAUCGAUCAGUCAUCAAAUCCUACUUCCAUAGCCGAACGCCAGAGGCAAGUUCGAAUGAUGGGAUCAAUUUACAGCCAAGCCACUCAGGUUCUCAUCUGGCUGGGGGAUGGGACUGGGACAUUGCGUCACUCGCCAGCUGCAGAAGUGUUCCAAAUCUCAGUCGUUUUUGAAUGGUUGUCCGCACUCUCGGACGCAGCAAGCCGUGUAAAGCAGGGCGAGUACACUAACCAGCUGCUUGACGCGCUUGCACAGAUUGAUGUACCUUGUCUCAUAGAUGUUUUCGUUGAAAUCCCUUGGUUCAAGCGUGUGUGGACCAUUCAAGAAGCCGCUCUUAGCCGUCGUGCAAUUCUCAUCUAUGGGCAAACCAAAGUUUCAUUCCAAGCAAUCCUUCAAGCGAGACAAGUCCUUAGAGGCUUUGCUCUGACCAACCACCGCGCGAAUGAAGUAGUCGCAGCCCUCGACAACGGCUUCGACAUUCACGAUAGAGCCUCAAGAUGUUUCUCUAGAAACACUCUAGGCUCUUCUCCAGAUGCGGCUGAAUUAUUGGAAGAAGCGCGUUUUUCCCUGGCAUCGUUGGAAAAGGAUAAGGUCUUUGCCAUGUACGGACUCUUUGCGGCUAUGGAUCUUCAGUUGCCUGAGCCAGACUACUCGAAGUCUACGGCACAAAUCUUCCGUGAGACCACAAUGGCGAUCAUCAACUCAAGUGGAAACCUGGAUGUCCUUGAGCAGGUGCACGGAUUGGGACCAGCGGUGGACCUCACGUCGUGGGCACCAGACUGGUCUACCUUUAAACAUGCCAUCAUACCUAUUCAGGGGAGGCAGAACUGUCGUUUGGCGACCAAAUCUUCAAUUCCGAAAUUUAGCUUCGACCCUACGGGCACACGUCUAACCAUUCAAGGCCUCGUUAUUGAGAAGAUUACUUCCCGGGCUGAUGUUGCGAUUGCGCAUUGCCAUGAAGGCUUAGGAGUUCCAGAGGACUACAUGCUUUGGUCCCAAAACGUCCAACCCGAUGUGUCGUUCUGGCGCACCAUGCUAGAAAGCUUUCCUCGGCAUAGCAAGACGAUUCUACGUGUUUGGAACAUCCAUGUUUUCCAGAAACUUGCGGCUUUUGCCUUGCGAGGAUGCGACGUGGAGCAACAGGAUGAUGAUUUCAAGGCUUUCUUCGCGACAUUGCUGAGCAGAGAGCAUAGUUGGGUGACAGCACAAGAGGAUCUGGAGGGCCUGACGAGAUGGUAUGACGCACUGCAUGGGGCCGCAAAAGUACCGCAAGUAGAACAGACCACUUGGAUGACCCGGACAAGCCGUCACAUCAGGGAAUCGCCAGAACUCGCACCACUGCUGGAUACGCAAGAGUUCUCCGUGUGGGAUGCCAUGUCCAAGUCGGUAGAGCUCUCCAAUAUCCACCGCCUCAUUGAUCACGUCUCCUUUUAUCAGACAAUCUUUCGGACAGAAAGUGGGAAGCUAGGCAUGGCUCCGUAUCCUACCCAUGUGGGGGAUGAGAUUGCGCUAUUCUCUGGCGGACGGCUUCCGAUGGUGCUACGCUGUCAGCAAGAUGUUUCCGGGUAUCGCCUGAUCUCACCUGCUUAUGUGCAUGGAAUUAUGGAUGGAUCAGCGUGGCCGGAUGAUGGACCAGCUCUUCAAGAUAUAACACUGAUCUGAUACGACUGCUAUGAAUAUUUUUGACUUCAGAUCUAU